UGGGUUGAGGUGUCUCUUGUCUGAGGGUAAUCUGGUCUGUCAGCGAGGCCGCGAUGGGCAAGACUGCUGGCUCUCUGGAUCCCGGAGGCCGACCAGAUCCGGUGCGGAGCUUCAAUCGUUGGAAGAAGAAACACAGCCAUAAGCAGAACCAAAAGAAGCAGCUGAGGAAGCAACUGAAGAAGCCGGAGUGGCAGAUCGAACGCGAGGUUAUUAGCCGCCUAAUGCAAAAUUAUGAGAAGAUAAAUGUAAAUGAAAUUACAAGAUUUUCAGAUUUCCCUUUGUCCAAAAAAACAUUGAAAGGUUUGCAAGAAGCCCAGUACCGUUUGGUAACUGAGAUACAGAAGCAGACCAUUGGAUUGGCUUUGCAGGGUAAAGAUGUGCUUGGAGCUGCCAAAACUGGAUCUGGCAAGACUUUGGCUUUCCUUGUUCCAGUGCUGGAAGCCUUAUAUCGUCUGCAGUGGACCUCAGCAGAUGGACUGGGAGUUCUGAUAAUAUCACCUACGAGAGAACUGGCCUAUCAGACCUUUGAGGUUCUUCGAAAAGUAGGAAAGAAUCAUGACUUUUCAGCUGGUCUCAUCAUUGGUGGAAAGGAUUUGAAACACGAAGCUGAGAGGAUCAAUAACAUAAAUAUCCUAGUUUGCACACCUGGUCGGCUUCUUCAACACAUGGAUGAAACAAUAUGUUUUCAUGCUACCAAUCUCCAAAUGUUAGUUCUCGAUGAAGCAGAUAGAAUCUUGGACAUGGGCUUUGCUGAUACUGUGAAUGCUAUUAUUGAAAAUCUGCCUAAGAAACGUCAGACUUUGCUUUUCUCAGCAACACAAACCAAAUCUGUAAAAGACCUUGCGCGCUUGAGUUUGAAAAACCCUGAGUAUGUCUGGGUUCAUGAGAGAGCAAAAUAUAGCACCCCUGCCACUUUGGAACAGAACUACAUAGUUUGUGAGCUGCAGCAAAAAAUAAGUGUGCUAUAUUCUUUUAUGAGAAGCCAUCUGAAGAAGAAGAGUAUUGUAUUUUUCUCCAGUUGUAAAGAGGUUCAAUAUCUGUACCGAGCAUUCUGCCGGCUACGUCCUGGGAUUUCUAUCCUUGCUCUCCAUGGGCGACAGCAGCAGAUGAGAAGAAUGGAAGUUUAUAAUGAAUUUGUUCACAAGAAAGCUGCAAUACUCUUUGCUACUGAUAUUGCAGCCAGGGGGCUGGAUUUCCCAGCUGUGAAUUGGGUUCUUCAGUUUGAUUGUCCAGAGGAUGCCAACACGUAUAUUCAUAGAGCAGGUAGAACCGCCAGGUACAAAGAAGAUGGUGAAGCUUUAUUAAUUUUACUUCCCUCAGAAGAAAAAGGAAUGGUGCAGCAGCUUCUGCAGAAGAAAGUGCCUGUGAAGGAAAUUAAAAUUAAUCCAGAAAAACUUAUAGACGUCCAGAAAAAAUUGGAAUCAUUUUUAGCCCAAGAUCAAGAUUUAAAAGAAAGAGCACAAAGAUGUUUUGUCUCCUACAUACGUUCAGUAUAUCUCAUGAAGGAUAAAGAAGUAUUUGACGUGAACAAGUUGCCUUUACCUGAAUAUGCCCUGUCCCUUGGUCUUGCUGUGGCACCACGAGUAAGAUUUCUUCAGAAAAUGCAGAAACCCACCAAGGAAUUGCUAACGAGCCAAGCUAAUAACGUAAUUAAGCCAAGGGCUCCUUCCCUUACCAAUGAUGAAGUGGAAGAAUUUAGAGCAUAUUUCAGUGAGAAAAUGUCCAUCCUUCAGAAAGGUGGGAAAAGAUCAGAAGAGACAGAAUACAGACUGGCUAAUGGUAUUAGUGACGAAGAAGAGGAAGAAGAAGAGAAGGAAGAUGAAGAAGAAAUAGAAUCGAAAGUGGGAAAAUCGAAAGGUUCUCAAACUGUUUCUAACACCAAUGAGACCCAGAAUAUCAAGGAUGUUCCUAUGCAAUUCAUGGACAAAGUUGAAGAGGAUGACGAUGAACCUGAUGCUGAUUUGUUUAAGGUGAAGCAGUACAAUGUGUUUGGGUUGGAACUUAAAGAGAAUACAGCAUUACAGAAUAAAGAACCUUCAAAAUCCAAUGUCAAGAAAAAAGUAACCAAAGUUGCAGAAGCAAAAAAAGUAAUGAAGAGAAAUUUUAAAGUAAAUAAGAAGAUAAUGUUUACUGAUGAUGGAGAGUUGGUUCAGCAGUGGCCACCAAUGCAGAAAACCAUUGUGAAGAAUACUGAGGAAGAGGAUGAUACUGGGGGUAUCAACUUAGAUAAAGCAAAGGAAAGGCUUCAGGAAGAAGAUAAAUUUGACAAAGAAGAAUAUAGGAAGAAAAUUAAGGCAAAACAUAGGGAGAAAAGGCUAAAAGAAAGGGAAGCAAGAAGAGAAGCCAACAAGAGACAAGUAAAGGCCAGAGAUGAAGAGGAAGCCUUUCUGGAUUGGAGUGAUGAUGAUGAUGAUGAUGAAGGAUUUGAUCCCAGCACACUUCCAGAUCCUGAUAAGUACAGAAGCUCUGAAGAUUCAGAUAGUGAAGACACUGAAAAUAAAAUUAGUGAUACCAAGAAGCAGCAAGGAAUGCGGAAAAGAAACAACAGUGAAGUAGAAGGCAUGGGACCAUCAAGUCGUAAUAGAAAGAAGGCCAAGUGGGAGACCUUAGAGCCUUUGGAUACAGGCCUGUCAUUAGCAGAAGAUGAAGAGCUGGUAUUACAUCUACUCAAAAGUCAAAGCUAAAUAUUUCUCUCUUUUGUCUUCUCUUUGAAACCAUGGGUCAUGAUAUUGUGCACAAGAUAUUGGAAACAAUUGGCUUUGGGGCCCUUGAGUUUCGUGAGUCCCAAACCCAAAAGACCCAUUCUCCAGACAGAAGCAAUCAUUUGUGUAAGCCACUUUCACAGGACAUACUUGCCCCAUCACACAAGAGUUAGGAUGAUUAUACGAUGUCCUGAUCACAUUUUCUAGCAUGUGCUCUGUUAGACUUUAUCCAUGGCUUCCUACUUCUUGUCACUGGAAAUGCUUCGUUUGUUUCAGUGUCAAGAUCUGGAGCUCUUGUUCCAUUGUUAGAAAUUCCUGUCUUAGUUACCAUUCUAAAAUUUUUAUGUACUGUUAAACAAAACUCACAAUUUUGAUAUAUUUAAUAUCUCCAAAAACAGAGUAUGAUGGACCAGCCCUGAGAAAGAAUAAGUAUUUUUGAUUUGAGAUGAGAAAAAAUAAAAAUAUUUCCUAUAAAAUAAA